AUGAUUAGCUUAUUCGAUAAGGUAACUGCAAGCGAGAUUUCCGAUCCGGAUACCCAGUCAACUUCAGAAAUUUUACUGCUUCAAAUUGUAAAGGUGUGCCAAGAGGAGUUUUCAGAUCCGGGUACCGCAUUAGAAACCUGUAAUGCAAGCAACAUUCUGUUGUUCUUACAGAACAUCGCUCAAGAGUUACGGAGCCUACGUGGGGAAAUCCAAGAUAAAAUCGAAAAAUCACCUCUAGUCUCGAAAGCAUUACCGGUAAAGGAGUCCGAAGUAAACGAACCAGGAGAUAAAACAGUGAGGUCUUCGCUAGUUCUUAACCGGCAUGCAAGCACUCAGUCCGAGCCUUGGAGCCCUAUAACAGACGCUGUUGACACAGAUUUCGACAUAUUGCAGGACCUAAAAGAUAAGAUAGAAGUCUUGGAGGAGGAUCUGGAGAGCAAAAAUCGAAGUUUGAACUCUCUAAGAAUGAAAUUUCUCAAAAAUCAAACAUUUUGUAUUCAAGAUGAGAGUUCCAUCAUGCAACUCACCUCCGAAUUUAAUCAACCAGAAAUGCGAUUCGGAUUCCCUAACUUCAAGUCAAUGAGGUCUUUAACUCUGGCAGAUGAAUUUGACGAUAUUCCAUUUCGACCAAGCCAGUACUUUCCCAUCACAUAUUUAAAGUGUUUAGACGAUGAUCUCAAGCGGGAUUCUCCUAUGGAAGUGAUUGCAUUGUUAUCACAUCAUAUACCUUGGUUGAUGACAAAGUAUAGUGGGAUCUUAUCGGCCAAUUUUGAUGAGAGAAAGUCAACUAUACCACUAUUAAUGAAUUAUGUGAAGUCCGUUGCUACUCUCAGAAUCCCCGCUGGCCUUCCGCGUGCGUGUUUCUGCAUGAUGGUUGGUGGAAUGAUUCAGCGAUGCACAGAAAACAACAGCGAAUUGCAUAAGGCAAUCAAAGAUGUCAUGGAGCAAAAUGACAGUGGUAUACAACUAAUUUCGAGCUGGACUUUAAUCGAGAGAUUGAUAUUUGCAUGGGUAAUUUCGGUAAUUGUAGUGGUAGACAUCAAAGUUGGAUCGAGCGUGGAAUCAUUGUCCGAGGCAUCCAAAUGGAGAUCACUGGUCAGCACUUUGAAAGGACGAGAUUUUAUAAAUUUCAUCAAGUUUCUUGAUAACCCGACUGUCCAGGCCUACAUCAAAUCACAAUCAAGAGAUGGAGAUGAUGCCUCAGUUUUCGUUACAUACAAGAACAAAGAUGUGUAUCAAGGAAUGAUUCGCCACAACAAUAUUGAGUUGAUCUGGGUAAAGCAUGAGAGAAAGGUUUGGUGUUCCUGGCGUGGAUUCGAUUUUAAAGUCAACGAGCGAUUGGAAUUACUUGUAAGAGCCAAAAAUGCAAAACGGCUUCCCUGGUUUGUGGUUCCAAAGGAUCAAGAGCCAUAUUUCGAAGAGCAUUACAACGGAAGUAUUGAGGCAGCAAUGAGAGAAUUGGACGAUUCGAGUGAUGUAUACAUCAAGCAAGAGGAUGGAGAGCAGGCUGAUCAGGAAAGUUUGUACGAUUGA